GGAGCCUGGUGAGUCGCUGGGGGAAGCGGAGCAGACGCCAGGCGCAGCCAGGAGCAUCGGAAGGUGAUCGCUCAAGUCGGACCCGCGGAUCGCAGCCUGUAGAUCGCAGCCCGGGCCUGGAGGACAGCAGCAAGUGAAGGGGGUUCCUCUUUCAAAAGGAGGGGGUCAUGGCCUUCUUGUUGAUCACCCGACGGCUGGCCUGCAGUUCCCAGAAAAACCUCCACCUCUUCAUACCUGGAUCCAGAUAUAUCAGCCAAGCCGCUGCCAAAGUUGACAUUGAAUUUGAUUAUGAUGGACCACUCAUGAAGACGGAAGUCCCGGGGCCUAGAUCUAAGGAACUAAUGAAACAGCUGAACACAAUCCAGAAUGCAGAGGCCGUGCACUUUUUCUGCAACUAUGAAGAGAGCAGAGGCAACUACCUAGUGGACGUGGACGGCAACCGCAUGUUGGACCUGUAUUCUCAGAUCUCCUCUGUGCCCAUAGGUUACAACCAUCCGGCUCUGGCGAAACUCGUUCAACAGCCUCAGAACGCGAGCACUUUCAUCAACAGACCUGCCUUGGGCAUCCUGCCUCCAGAGAACUUUGUGGACAAGCUCCGGGAGUCCUUGAUGUCGGUGGCGCCCAGGGGCAUGUCCCAGCUCAUCACCAUGGCCUGUGGCUCCUGCUCCAAUGAGAAUGCAUUCAAGACCAUCUUCAUGUGGUACCGGAGUAAGGAACGAGGGCAGAGAGGUUUCUCCAAAGAGGAGCUGGAGACUUGCAUGGUUAACCAGAGUCCUGGAUGCCCAGAUUACAGCAUCCUCUCCUUCAUGGGUGCUUUCCACGGGAGGACCAUGGGUUGCUUAGCGACCACACACUCCAAAGCAAUUCACAAGAUUGACAUCCCUUCCUUUGACUGGCCCAUUGCUCCAUUCCCACGACUGAAAUAUCCCCUGGAGGAGUUUACAACAGACAACCAGCAAGAGGAAGCCCGCUGCCUAGAAGAGGUGGAGGAUCUAAUUGUGAAAUAUCGGAAAAAGAAGAGAACGGUGGCUGGAAUCAUCGUGGAGCCCAUCCAAUCCGAGGGUGGAGACAACCACGCGUCAGAUGACUUCUUCCGGAAGCUGAGAGACAUAGCCAGGAAGCAUGGCUGUGCCUUCUUGGUGGACGAGGUGCAGACUGGAGGAGGCUGUACAGGCAAGUUCUGGGCCCAUGAACACUGGGGCUUGGAUGACCCAGCCGAUGUGAUGACGUUCAGCAAGAAGAUGAUGACUGGGGGCUUCUUCCACAAGGAGGAGUUUCGGCCAAGUGCUCCUUACCGGAUCUUCAAUACCUGGCUGGGGGACCCAUCCAAGAACUUGCUGCUGGCUGAGGUCAUCAACAUCAUCAAGCGGGAAGAUCUGCUCAACAAUGUGGCCCUUGCUGGGAAGACCCUACUCACAGGGCUGCUGGAUCUCCAGGCCCAGUACCCUCAGUUCAUCAGCAGAGUGAGGGGACGUGGCACCUUCUGUUCCUUCGACACUCCCGAUGAAGCCAUUCGGAAUAAACUCAUCCUAAUUGCCAGGAACAAAGGUGUGGUAUUGGGGGGCUGCGGUGACAAAUCCAUCCGUUUCCGCCCCACGCUGGUCUUCAGGGAUCACCACGCCCAUCUGUUCCUCAGCAUUUUCAGUGGCAUCUUAGCAGACUUCAAGUAACGAAGCCAUCUCCAUGGCGCUCAGAGAGCCCUGCCUCAGCGGCGUCAACUUGAUUAGUUUGCCUAAUUCAUAUUUUCACUUCAAAGUUUAUCAGAGGCGAAUGCAUAAACUAAAGGGUCAUUUGUGGGGCAGGCUCAUUGGUUCGUGCUUGUGGAGGAGUGGGUGAGGAGGACCAUGGUUUGAGGAUCGCCCCUUGCAGAGCUCAUGGUGACCAUUAGUUAAAGCCCAGAAGUUCUGUGUAAGCAUUGAACACUGUCUUAGGAAAGGCCAUGAGGCCAUAUUUCUGCCAACCCUGGACCAACCAGUCUCUUAGAAGCCACUCAAGGGUAUAACACAUGCUCCGAGGUGGGUGCGUCUCUGACCAUCUCAAGCACCCUAUCUUGUGUCCCUCACAAACAAGCUCUUGUCACUUCUUACCGAGUCCCUAGUUCCAUGCCCCUCUCGUGACUUACUGAGGGUCCGGAUGGCUGUCAGGAAGAUGACAAGGUAGGGAGGUAAGGACCGUGUUUGGAGGCUUCUGGUAUCCUAAACACCAAGAUCCACUCAGCCCUGUGCCCUGAUGAUGUCCCUGGCCUGUGAAUUCUGUCCUUGACUGACCCAUGCUCCUGGAGGAUCUCCAGUUGUGUCAGUGAUAGUUUAGUCAACCUCCCCAUCCUGUGUCAGUCUGGACUCAGAGGAAGGAGUCAGCAUUCUGAGCAUCCAGAAGAUUCAUGGAACCUGAAGUUGCCUCUGGAGCCUCCACUGAGGAACACGGACAGCAGAGUCCUUCAUCCCAUCUCCAGGGUCUCUGACUUGUGACCCCUCAUCCCGGGAGCGCCAUAGUCCAUCUUUCACCCACACGCCUUCCCUCCAUUCCUGAGCAGGACUAGUCUGUCCCAGAAGGUCACUGCUAGACUUCCUGUUAGGGGCAAUGUGUCCCAGCCUGGACUUCUCCUGAGUAUGGGGCUUUUUCUGGCAGCCAUGGGGGGAGUGGAGAAGUCUAAGAAAACCAUCAGGAACCAACAAGCUGGUGUGGUGUCCUUAUGCUUUUAUAAUGAACACAUUGCCAGCCAGAAGCCAAUGCUUAUGCAGGCCCCAGCAUCUCAGCCAGAGGCCAGACGUUCUUAGAACUGACUUGACCUAAGCAGACCCCCUAACCCUUCAGACAGGCAGUGUUUAUUUAAUGCGUAGAGUGCAGAGGGGCUGUUUUAUCCAGACCCCUCUUUGUAUCCUGGUGCCCUUGUUGACUGUCUGGGAAGAUGAAUAUACCAGGGUUUCCAAAUCCAGCCCUUUUUGUUCUCUUAAUGAUGAAUCACCCAAAGACCUGGCUUUCAUGCUUCCUUAGACACGGCCCUCCACUUACUUGCCUUGAAGAAGAAAGGCGCUGACACUCUUAACGCAAGCAGAAUGUCCACAAAUACCAGUUCACAUCACAGCCCUGCAGUCCCCUCUUUGUAGCUGUGUCUAAGGUCAUUUCCAUCAGUGACGGGUCUGCUCCCUCCCUCCCUGUAAGCUUUCACUCACCAGNGUGUUUAUUUACACAUCCAUUAUUUAUUCACUCAUCAGACUGUCAUGAAAUAUUUGUGUUGUUCCAGGACCUGUGCUAAGCACAGGCACCAAACAUAAAAUGAGAGAAAGUCCUUGCUCCCGGGAACUCCCACUCUCUCAGGAACCACAGACCACUAAUGUUGAAGUCAGAAUGGAAAGUGUGCCAACAAGGAUUUCUGAACACUAAAUCCAACAAGCCUUCACAGGGAAAGGAUGUUUGAGCAGAAUUCCUCAGAAUGAAUAGGAGUUAGCCAAGCAGAAAAGGCAAGAAGAGUGAAAGAAGCAAAAAGCAUCUGCAGAGGUACACCCGUGCGUGCGUGUGCAGAGGUACACCUGCGCGUAUGCAGAGGCACACCCAUGCAUAGUCUCCACCCUUUCCCUGGGGAGUCAGACCCCACCCAGAAAUCCCAAGGUUCAAGGUCUUAUUUAACAAACCAGAAAAAUGCAGGCCAAGCCCUUAUCCAUCAUAUUGGUUUAAGCAUGUUGCCUCCUGAGAACCACAGUAUCAUAUACAGAUACUUUAGCAGGUCCUUAGAGUUCAAAGGGUUUUCAUCCAGGACAUAAGCAGAAAUCGCUCUCUUUAGUGAAGGGAGCAGCUGAUUUUUCAUUGUCUUGCCACAGGGCAUGUUGACAGGAGAAUGAAAUUCUUUGUAGAAAGUCAUCUUCAAAUGUACUGUCCACCCCUUGCCUGGAGACAGUUCUUCCCAUUUUAAACAAACAAACAAAAUUUAAGGUGUUUAUCCACAAGUUCUUGACUCGGGUACAGUGCGUUCCUGAGACACCCUCUUUGGGAGUACAGGAGGUUAGCUGGAAGAAUUCCAAGGAAAAGAAUUUUCCACAAAACUCAAGAAUGUAGAGACUUAGAGAAGGCUGAUGGAAACCCAGGAAGCCCAGUGGGCAGCUUCUGCCUAGGGCAGAACCCACAAACAAGUGCGUCUGUGCAGAACGUCUGGAUGAACACCCAUCAUGCAUUAGUGCAAUAGAGUCUAGUAAGUGUCUCUAGCCAGGCUUGUCAGUUGUGCAGAAAACAAGGCCUGGUACUAGCAAACCUUAGCAUAUCUUCCCUUUUUAUUAUAAAUGGGUGGUUGGUUUUUGUUUUUUGUUUUUUUUUUAUAAUUUUUACUGAUGCUCAGUAACCAUGAAAAACUGUGCACAUUCAUGUACUAAUAGAUCUGUACCUAUCUAUCUCUGUACGCAUAUAUACAGCUCACUGUAGAAAACCACAGCUAGCGAGCAUUGCAGACUCAUGCAAACCAAGUGAUCUUGUUUACAGUAACCGUCAACAGUGCCAAUAAGGAAUGAGGACACUAACCUGUCACGGUGUAACUGGUGACCACGUGAACAGUUCCAUGAAUUAAAUGUUUCCUGUGUUAAUCAGUAUUCUUAAAUUAAAAGAAAAUGUUUAUAAUGGAAA